AUGCUUCGGUUCUUGCUCAUCACUGUCGGGGCGAUGGCAGCAGCAGAGGAGCUUCAUGCGGCCUUUGACCUGGAUGACGAUUGUCAGGAUGAGACCUGCGCUCUGAACGCCCUGCAAACCCGGGCGGAGAACUCCACCGAUGACGAGAUGGAGCCGCAGAAUGAGACCUACUACUUCCAGGACAACGAGGACCACAUCAACGACUUCUUCAGUGAGGAGGAGAAAGGCGUGAAGAAGAAGCGCGGUGGUUGGGGCGUCGGUGGCGACAAGCUUUGGGGCUCCGGACGCGGCGUGGAGGACAUCAAUGGUGGCAAUGUGGGCUACUACAACUCGGGCAUGUAUGCUGCCAAGGGUCAACCACGUCGCUGGAACAUCUCCAGCAAAUUGGUCAUUGGACAAGAAGAAGAAGAAGAAGAAGAAGAAGGAGGAGGAGGAGAAGGAGAAGGAGAAGGAGAAGGAGAAGGAGAAGAAGAAGCUGAAGCUUACAGGAAGCUUUGA